AUGGGGUACACUACUGCGUGGAAGCGGCUUUCCCCGCGGCAGCUAAACCUAGCUAUCCACACCUUCUCGCUUAUCUCGAUCUUCUUCGAGGGCUAUGACCAGGGUGUCAUGGGUGGGGUCAAUGCUUCGCCAACGUAUAUCACCACAGUAGGGAUUGGGAAGCUUGAUGGGACGAUCACAAACACCACUCAUGAAGGUGGGAUUGUGAGUGUCUACUACCUGGGCGCAAUCUUUGGUUGCUUCGCAGGCGGAUGGCUUGCAGAUCGCAUUGGUCGUAUCAAUGGCCUGUUAGCCGGGUCUCUGUUUGCUCUAGUUGGUGGCGCACUGCAAGCUGCAGCUCAGAACUCCAAUUUUAUGAUCUGUGCCCGAGUGGUGACAGGGAUUGGCACAGGUGCCUUGACCGGUAUCACCCCUGUCUUAAUUUCGGAGAUUUCGUCUGCCAACCACCGAGGCGGUUUCCUCGGUUAUGUGUUUAUUGCAAAUUAUCUUGGAAUAUCUCUCGCAUACUGGAUCUCGUUUGGACUUGCCUUUGUGAACAACGGGUAUUCGGACGUGCGAUGGCGGUUUCUGCUUGCCUUCCAAUGCCUCCCGGCUCUUGUUCUAGCCUUGUUCAUCAAAAUGUUGCCUGAUAGCCCCCGCUAUUUAGCCUCGGUGGGUCGGUCGGAAGAAGCACGCGAGCUUUUGGUUCGUAUUCGCCAGGGCACAGCCCCUGAACAAAUUGAACGGGAAUACCUGGAGAUUGUUACCACGGCUCGGCAUAAACAACCUAGUUCUCCCGUUCAGUUUGCAAAAAUCCUUUUAGGGAAGGGUGGAAGGCCAGGUACAAAUUUAAGCCGACGAGCAUGGCUAUGUGUCUGGCUUCAAAUCAUGGCCUCGUGGACCGGAAUUACGGCGGUCACUGCGUAUUCUCCCGUUUUGCUGAAGCAGGCCGGUUACAGUGACAUCAAGCAAGAUGGUCUUGCCGGAGGCAUCAACACAAUCGGCAUCAUCGGUACUAUCAUCAGCGCUCAGAUUAUCGACCGGUUGGGCCGGCGAGCUUGUUUAAUGGGUGGAGCUCUAAUGCUGUUUGCCGUUAAUUUAAUUGCUGGUGCUAUUUUCGAGGGUUCGCGUCAUCAUCCUGAAAAAGCGACCCAGUAUGCCCCAGGCGCAGUGACAAUGCUUUUUCUAUUCAAUCUGGGUUAUGCUGCUACCUGGGGUACUGUGGCCUUCCUGAUUCCAACCGAGAUUUUUCCUAGUGAGCUACGAGCUCAGGGCAAUGGCUUUGGAAUUACAGGUUGGGCCAUUGGCGUGGGCAUGACCACCCUUGUCAACCCAAUCAUGUUCGGCACUCUGACAAGUCGGACGUACUUCCUUUUUGCGGGCCUAAAUUUACUUUGGGUCCCUAUUGUGUACCUUUUCUACCCCGAAACCCGCAAUCGCUCGCUAGAAUCCAUUGAAGCGCUUUUCUCAACUUCCAGCCCAUUUCAUUGGAAGAUGGAACAGGCCUACAAAAUCCACGGCGAUAUCCUUGCGGAGCAUGGGGUCGCCGGGAGCGAAACCUACGAUACAGACAGGACUGAAGUGACCUCCGAUAAACCACUAGACCUUCCACCCGUCUAA